AUGAGUUACUCUGAAGUAUUACGGGACUCGGUAAAUUUGCGUGCUUUUAGAACGUUCACCCCGCAAAACCUUCGCGGGACAAUCUAUAGUGGACUUGACUUAGAAAGCUCACUCUUCACGGAAUCGAGAGGCUAUUUUGUGGCAUUGACCGUCCGCUACAAGACUCGGAAACAUUAUGAGGUGAAUGUCCAGAAUCUUGUAAUGAGCCAGGCGAAAAGGGAAGUCCGAAAUGUGAAGUGGUUGAUCGAUACUAUGUCCAAGUUUAGUCGCCUUUUCGGCCCCUGUCACCUUGGAAGCUGGCAUAGGACUAUUCGUCCGUUGUCCGGGAUUGAAGACGACGCCAACCGAAGAAACGAAGGUGUUUUUACCCGGCUCCAUAUAGACACGGGCCAACCUACUGGUACCAAAUCAAUGCAGUGGAAGCGAAGAGGCGUAAACACUUCGAAGUUGAACGUUGAACCGUUGACGGGUACCUGCUGGUACCUGGCAUUACUACCCCUGCUGGCCAGAUUUAUUGAGAUUCCUUACUGA